CAUCACGAUAGAACAUGAUAGAACAUAAUAUAUAGUCAGGGGUGUCUAUCAAUCACCACCUUUUGGGCGGUGCUGGUGGAUGAUCUUGAAUACUGUUGAGAAACCCCAGCUGCAGGCGGAGAAGGACAGUGUCUACUCGGCGCAGAAAGGUUCCCCCCCCGUAAACUGGCCUCGGCCGGUCCAGGGACACUCCAUGCCACGCACCAGGUCACGGUUUCGGACGCUCCUGGCUUCUCCUGGCUCCAGUUCACAUGGGCAACAGGUUGGUGACCCACCAUGACCCAUCUUGACCCGCAAAACACCACCGGAGCCGAGGAAGAGCGCCCUGAAGAGCCCGAGCCGAGCUUCACGGGCGUGGCCGGGAAGAGCAGCCCACGUGGGCUCCACUGGGACGAGGAGGAUGAGCAGGGGCUGUCUGCAGAGUCCACACGGUCUUUUGAAUUAUGGACCGUGCCGGCGAGCGUGCAGUGUGUGGAUGACGACCUCCGUUCACGUCAUUCCUACGAGUCCUGGACGGUGCCCACGACCACGGAGAUCGACGCCCCCUCCAACCGAUUGCUCCAUGAAGCGUACCGGAAGGAGGUGCAUUCGUUCAUCGCGGGCGUGAGAAAGGAUCCCAUUGCAUUCAAGCGAUUGAUCGGAAAAAGCCGUGGAGAACUCGAUGAAGCCACACGUUCCUUUUGGGAUUCACUCUGCGAAGGACGCCGGGCACGCGGCUUCUUCGACUGGCUGCGGCGAAGAUGACAGCGAGGGUUCGCGGUAGAUAGGAGUACAGAGUAGCUACAAGGCUUGGCCCAGAGACAGACCAUAGUUGGCCUUGAACUCGUGGU